UUUAAUAUGGCCCUGUGUGGGUCCAUUGGCUGAGCAUUGCAUGUAGGCUAGGUUUGGCUGAGAAAGAAACCAAGAAUCUGGUUGACAAUAUUUGUAGCUAGCUAACACUUGGUUUGAAACAACAAGACAUACAAUGUCAGAUACAGAAUCCAAACCUUCACGGCAGGAUGAUGCAGAGGAUAAGAAGGAUGGGGGAGAGUACAUCAGAUUGAAAGUGAUUGGACAGGACAACAGUGAAAUUCACUUCAAGGUGAAGAUGACAACACAUCUGAAGAAGUUAAAGGAAUCAUAUAGCCAGAGACAGGGAGUCCACAUGAGCAGCCUCCGGUUUCUCUUUGAGGGACAGAGAAUUUCAGACAACCAAACUCCUAAAGAGCUAGGAAUGGAGGAUGAAGAUGUGAUUGAGGUCUACCAGGAACAGACAGGCGGGCACUGGACAGAAUGAUUCUUCUACCUGCUGUGUUCCACUUAAGUUAGUUUAUUAGGUAAUAUUUUAUAUUUGUAUGAUUACUGAUUAAUUUGACUGGUGUUCCCUCGAGAUCUCAGCGAUAAUAUCUGCCAAACGGAAAGGAUUGAGGGAAGAAACAUGUUGACCUGUUGUUACUCAUCCAGAUCCUGUAAUGUCUCUGGGCUUCCAAAUUGCACCAAUCAAUGUUCCUCAAAAGAGUUGUCUUUGAUCCCUUGUCAUGUAGCCUUCUGUGUCUUCCUAGCAGUGAAGCCCAGCUCAAAGGAUGCUCUGCUAAGCUGGUUCCUCAAUUACUUUACUGGUGUCAUCAAGCUCAGGUUUUACUUUACAAGAUGACAGGCAGUUUCCCAUGUUGGUUUUCAGUACCUUGUCAAUUGACAGCCAUGCAUGAAUAUCAGCAGCCAACCUUUUUUUAAACCAUAUUGUCUACAUGAUGUUUGUAUCAGUUAUCUCAUCUUUGUGUCUAGACUGUGGUCUUGACAAUAGUCAAUUUAAAUUGUUGUAGUUAUGGAUAAUUCUACAUUAUGUAUAAUGUUAACACAAUUCAGGUUGUUGUAUAGCGCUAUAAUUGUUCACAUUUAUAUUUUCCAAUGAAAACAUGCAUAAAUGUUAUCCCGCUUGUAUAUUUUGUAUACAUAUUAUUCCCUUUUUGGUUUGAAUAAAUAUGCCAUUUUAUAACUUAA